AUGGCAUCGGGGGCAUAUCUGGAUACACAAGCACAAACACAAGCACAAGCACAGGCAACGACGCCGCCACCGUUGUCGUCUGGGUCUGGCGACAGUGAGAGUGCAGUGCCCGCCCCUCCUCCUCCUCCUACAGAAGCGCCCGAUGCCGAGUCGGCGAAGCUCUCGGUCGCGGACUUUGGAGUGUUCAAUCGCCUGGCUGUCAUGAUGGAUGCAUAUGAUGCGAGAACGUACAUCCACGUCCAUGGCUCCAUUGAUUCCAGCAUAAGCGUGUUUAUUGAUUUUUAUUUCUGUUACAUCAGCAUCAGCAUCAGCAUCAGCAUCAACAUCAGCAUCAACCACAAUCAUUUCCGAUCCACCUGGAAUCUGCUGUACAAGGCAUGUACAGAUAGCUCCCGGCCGGCAGGGAUGUCGAUCCGAAGCUUCGUGUCGCAAGGUCUGCGACUCUCCCGCGCCCUGACCAUGCACCACACCAUCGAAGAGCAGCAUAUCUUCCCGGAACUGGCCGAACGGAUGCCGGCUUUCGCGCCGCACGAACAUCUGAUUACCCAGCACGAGCAGAUCCACGAGGGUCUGGAAAGGUUCGACGCCUAUCUCGAUGCAUGUGCGUCCGGCGAGAGGGAGUUGCGGCUGUCGGAGCUGAAGGAGAUCAUGGAUUCUUUCGCACACGUGCUCUGGGCCCAUCUGGACGAUGAGGUGCGCAUGCUCGGCGCCGAGAAUAUGCGCAAGUACUGGUCUAAAGAUGAGAUCCUGUCAAUGAAUUGGUGA